AUGGAAAACCUUAACGACCUGUACGCGACAGCAAGAGACGAGUUCGAAAUUGCUGCGGAAGAAACCGAGAAGAAAACCGUGUAUGCCGCUGACGACCGCGAGGCAGCACAAGAGGCACUGCAGACGCUUAAGGACGCCUUUGAAAAGGCCGUCAAAGAGGGCGAUCCAGAAGUUGGCAAGGAGAUACAAAGUCGGGUGGGCCAGAGAAUAAGAGAGUUAGAGAAUGCGGUAAAAGCCAUGGAAGAGAUGGCAAUGGAAGAUUAG